UCGGCUGGGACCCGGAAGUGAAGGAUGGCUGAGGGGGUUUCUCUGUGCCGAGCGACCGGUAAGCGGCCCGGCGGACCCGGAGAGAAGUCCCCACGUGACUUAGUUCUUCUGGCUUUUCUUCAUGGAACUUUUAAGGAGUGAAAUGUGCUUUAAACUGUGGACACAUUCUGUCCAAAGGUCAUUAUGUUUCAAAGUUUCAAUUUGUACUGUUAAUUCUGGGGAAGAUGUGUAUGCCUUAUGAAUCUCUGACAUCUGGCUGACCGUAGAAGUCUAGCUCUUCUUGUAGUUUUCCUGUCUUGGAUCAAAAUGUCCCAAAAUGGGAUGAACUUCUCUUGCCUCUUUCCUGCUUCUUGGCACUUCAGUGUUUCCCCAGUAGGUUGUCCUCGGAUUCUGAACACCACAUUACGGCAGAUUGUUGUCCUUGGACUUCUUGGUGCUGCACUUUUCUUGCUGUACUGUUUUGUUCUCAGAUACGGGGACAAAAAGCUGCACAGGCAUUUUGCUCGAGUAACGGAUACAGAAGCCACAAAUACAGAUGAUCCCAACCUGAAUUAUGGCAUCAUGGUGGACUGUGGCAGCAGUGGAUCUAGGAUCUUCGUUUAUUGGUGGCCAAGGCACAAAGGCAAUCCACAUGAUUUGCUGGACAUCAAACAAAUGAGAGACAAAACCAGAAAUCCGGUGGUUAUGAAAAUUAAACCAGGCAUUUCAGAAUUUGCUACCUCUCCUGAUAAAGUCAGUGACUACAUCUUCCCACUCCUAAAGUUUGCCGCAGAACAUGUACCCCGUGCAAAACACAAAGAGACACCAUUGUAUAUUCUCUGUACAGCGGGGAUGAGAAUUCUACCAGAGAGCCAGCAAAAGGCCAUCCUGGAAGACCUGCUUACCGAUAUCCCGGUCCAUUUUGACUUUUUGUUUUCGGACUCACAUGCUGAGGUUAUUUCAGGAAAACAGGAAGGUGUGUAUGCAUGGAUUGGCAUCAACUUUGUCCUUGGGAGAUUUGAACAUACGGAAGAUGAGGAUGAUGCUGUUGUGGAAGUUCACGUUCCUGGCAGUGAAAUCAAGGAAUCAAUUGUUCGCAAGAGGACUGUGGGUAUUCUUGACAUGGGUGGUGUGUCAACUCAGAUAGCAUACGAAGUCCCUAAAACUGUAAGCUUUGCCUCUUCACAGCAGGAGGAGGUGGCCAAGAACCUGCUUGCAGAGUUUAAUUUGGGGUGUGACGCUCACCAAACAGAACAUGUGUACCGAGUCUACGUGGCAACUUUUCUUGGCUUUGGUGGGAAUGCUGCCCGGCAAAGAUAUGCAGACAGCAUAUUUGCCAACACACAAUUUAGAAACAGGCUUCUAGGCAAACAGAUUGGCAUGACUUCUGAUACCCCCUAUUUAGACCCUUGCCUGCCUUUAGACGUUGAGGAUGAAAUCCUGCAGAACGGGCAGAAGAUGUACCUUCGAGGAACGGGAGAUUUCCACCUGUGUCGUGAAGUCAUUCAGUCUUUUAUGAAUAAGACAAAUGAAACACAGACGUCCCUGAAUGGCGUUUAUCAGCCUCCUGUGCACUUUGAGAACAGCGAGUUCUAUGGCUUCUCUGAGUUCUUCUACUGUACCGAAGACGUAUUGAGGAUGGGGGGAGACUACAAUGCUGCUAAAUUUAUUAAAGCUGCAAAGGAUUAUUGUGCAACAAAGUGGUCUGUCCUUCGAGAACGUUUCGACCGAGGCCUUUACGCACCCCAUGCAGACCUCCAUCGAUUGAAGUAUCAGUGCUUUAAGUCAGCCUGGAUGUAUGAAGUGUUCCACAGUGGCUUCUCUUUUCCUGUGAAUUACAGCAACUUAAAAACUGCCCUGCAGGUCUAUGAUAAAGAGGUGCAGUGGACGCUAGGGGCCAUUCUCUAUCGGACACGGUUUUUGCCUUUGAGAGACAUCCAACAGGAGAACUUCCGAGGCAGUCACUCCCACUGGCGCAGCUUCUCAUUUGUUUACAAUCAUUACCUGUUCUUUGCCUGCUUCUUCGUCGUGCUUUUCUCCAUCCUGCUUUACCUGCUGCGGUUGCGGCGGAUCCACCGGCGCAUGCUGCACGGCAGCCUGGCCCCUUCCCUGUGGAUCGAGGAAGGCCUCCCCCCACAGAAGAUCCCCGGAGGCUUGUAGGCUGCUGGACGUUCCUCUAAGACUCGCUCGCGAAAAAGCCAUCGUUCUGCCUCAGGGUCUUCUGUCAUCCCUAGGAACUGUUGCCUGAACCUCUCGCAGGAGCGAUGGAACUGGGAGUCAUCUCCCCUACAUCUUGAGGACUGAGCGGGGAAAGCAGAGUCAAACUUGGCUUGGCUAGGCUGAGGGGACUAUGAGCCAACAUUAUUCUAUAGCUUCUUCCUGAAAAGUAAAUGCACUUUGAAGUGGGGGGGGGGCAGGAACAGAAAGGGUGGGGGCGAUGUAGACUUGAAGCCAGUAAAUAGGAAAAUAGCAAGUCGUCUGUGCUCAGCGGCAGAUGAUACAAUGCUUCCCUCAGUAUGUGGUAAGGCUUAGAGUUCUUGUGCCUGAAAGCAGGCUCGCUAAUGGAGGGUCUGGCUGCUAGCUCACACCCUUCGGGCAUCAUCAUUCCCUAUGCCCCCGAACCACUUUGUCGCAGGCAAAGGCUCUUUAACGCCUCCCUGGUAUGAACAGCAAUAGUAGAGCUCUCCCUUAAUACCCCUCAGCCACUCACUCCAUUUUUAUAAGCAGUUUUUAUCCAGCUUUGCAGCCAAAAAAGGCUCCUCAAGCAGGUUACAGAGAUUAAUAACAACACAGGCCGUGUUGCAAUCUGAAAGACAAUGGACAAAAAGAAAAGGGAAUGGGGGGGGGGAGGGGAAGGAAGGUGAUAACAAAGUUCCUACGAUAACUGGAGUAGACCCACAGGAAGGUAAGGAUCAGGGAGAGCCUAAAACAAGAGUCACCUACCCACAGGGGAAAAAAUGGGAUAAGCACCCCAGUAUUUAUUGCAUUAUAGCUUUUUAUUGUACUACAAAUCAGUCAAUAAAAACAUUGCCAUGCCUAGGCAGAUAGUGCUGGGGCAUUUCCUUGAAGCCCUGCCUGCUAAGUCUGGGAUCCGCUGACUAGCAGAAACCAGAACAGUCCCUGGAAAGGGAAGCUCAUAAAGAUCUAGACCAGCUUUUGCCAGGGGAUAUUUCCAUUGGAGCAGGAAAGACUGGAUGGGGAGAGACAGUUCUGGGAAACAGGCUUGAAGAGCCUUCCAGUUCUGUUCUGUUGCUUUUAUAGCCCCCCUUUCCUCUGGAGAGGUACCCUGGGCGACUUAAACCCAAUCUUCCUCCGCCCAGUAGUAGCCGCCUCCUGGCUGCGCCUUCCCACUUCAUCCAUAGCUGGGUGGGGUGGGUGGGAAGUCCCUGAAAAUGUCUGCAGGGGAGAUGAAAUGGGGAGCUUGGGAUGGGACCCAGCCUUGGGAUGGGAUUGCGGGAGAGGCUGCCACUGUUGUCACAGGAGAGGUGUGAUUCUGAAGCCAUUUGCCUGCGAAAGCAAGCGCCUGAGGGCAAAGGCCUCCACCAGGCCUUCUCUUGCUGUUGGCUCCAUGGCAUCCAGGAACGCUUUGCCGUUGCCUGCAGUACGAGGGGCUGGACUGCAAACAGAUGUGGAACCAGUCCUUGCUCAGCUCCAAAUGUGACUUCCAUUUUUUCCCCUACAAGUUGACUGAAGUGAUAAGAGCCUGAGUUUCUGAGCUUUGGAUCUAAGCUAAAAGGCAUACGGUGCUCUUCCGACAAAGCAUAGUGCGACCUGUGAGAAAUGUGCUCACAGCAUCCUUAGAACGUUCUGAUCUCGGGUGGCUGAACACAGCAGUGGGCGUUGGGAAACACAGCAAGGGCAGCCUCGCCUGGAGCCCCCUCUGUGUGUUUGGGCAACAGCAGUUGUGCAGUGGCAGAGAUUGUGUG